AUGGUAGUCCACGCUCUGCGUUCUUUAUAUGCCGCAGGGGUCGACUCGUCCCUCUCUCGUCGCUGGGAGUUUCGCAAAGAGUCCCCGCUCGAGGGUAGCGACCGCUCGCUUUUUAUUGCCAUGGGCGUGAUAGCUCUCUUCUCUUUGGGGUCCACUCUUAGCCUCGUCUCAUUCCUGACGUACCGAUUCAUCUACUGGCAGCGGUACUAUAAGCACUCGCUUGCUCAGAACCAAUACGUUGUGCUUAUUUACAAUCUCCUGCUGGUUGACUUGCAGCAAGCAAUCGCCUUUCUAAUCAGUUUGUACUGGGUGUCUCGUGGAGGCAUCCGCUUUGGUGAGCCCGCCUGCUAUUUGCAAGGAUGGUGGAUUCAGACAGGAGACCCGGGUAGUGGGUUGUUCGUCCUGUCAAUUGCUCUUCAUAUGGUGGCCGUGGUGCUGCGUGGCCGACAAUUGCCGUUCAAUAUCUUUGUAUACUUGGUGAUCGGGCUAUGGAUAUUCAUUCUCGUUUUGGGAUUCAUUCCGGUUGGUUUGUAUGGCUCUGAGGCGUUUGUCAUCUCAGAGGCCAAUUGGUGCUGGUUGAGUCCAGAGCACGAAAAUGAACGACUUUGGGGUCACUAUAUCUGGAUUUUCUUUUCCGAGUUCGGUACAAUCGUCCUCUAUGCGAUAAUGUUCUUCUACCUUCGACGUCGUAUGACGCAAGCGAAGAUGCUCCGCCGUGGCCAGCAAGAGAGCCUGCACCGUCUCAACCGAGUUGUUAUUUACAUGGUGAUCUACCCAUUCGUUUACCUGAUUCUUAAGACUUACUUCGGUAUCGCUGGCUCCUUGAUGGCUUUGUCUGGUGUCAUGGAUGUGAUUGUCUAUACCCUUACUCGUCGCCACCUGCUCAUCGAUACCGAGCACAGUACGACUGACGGCAACUAUGAUAACACAGACUCACAAUGGCAGACCAUCGUUACCGCAACCGCUGGUGGUGGAACUCGCUCUCGAAAGGGAGGGUCCCGCAUGGGAUCUCGACUGAGCUCGAAGUUCAGGCGGAGUAUGCCCACUGUUGACAAGGAGACCCGACAUCGUCCGUUCGAGGACUCAACCGAGGAUAUUGUUCCGAAGAACGACGUGGAAAUGACCAACUUUGGUGGCGUGUACCAGGAAACCACCAUUGAGAUCUCUCACGAACCCGCAACCCCUGCUGGGUAUAUGGAUAGGAGCGCACGCCGGAGCGGCUAG